UCAACCUCCACACUCAGAUCUCCUUCCAAACCGGAAACCCCAAUCCAGAAAUCAAAGCUUUUCGCAUUCAGAGAAGUUAAUUUCUGCAUCAUUGUUUUUGGGUACUGAAGGAAAUGGAGGAUAACAAGAGCCCAUCAACUCAGAAGGAAGAUAAGGACGGAGUAUCUCUGACAAAACAAGUACAAGAAGAGAAGGGAGAACCCCAGAAAGAUCAGCCACCCGUAGCGGCUCCAAAGAGUGGGGGAUGGGGUGGUUGGGGUUUCUCUCCUCUGUCCGUUCUCUCGGAUCUUCAAAAGGCUGCUACGGUCGCAGCCGAGGAGAUCUCUCGCAAUGCUUCUGUGGUUGCUGAGCAGGCGGCAAAGAAAAUUGCAGAUAUGCAACUUGCUGAGGAUCCAGAAUCUUCUAAGGAGGAGGAGGAGGAAGAAGCAGAGCAACCUCAAAGUGAUGAUGAGGAAGACAAAUUACGGAAGUCUGCUCUGGAUAAGUUGGAGAAAGCAAGUGAGGAUUCCAUUCUUGGCCAGGGUUUGAAAACUUUGGAUAGCUCUGUGGAGAAUUUUGCUUCAGGGGCAUGGCUAGCAUUUGGAAAUGCACUGAGAGGGGGCACCAAUCUUGUUCAAAAGCUUGAGCAUUCUGCUGUCAACCUCGCAGAAUCUAUUCAGCAAGGUGGUUUACCUGCAGCUGGUUCUGUUGCACCAUCCUUAAUAGAGACGGGAAAAGCUUUUACAACGAAAGGAAUGCAAGUACUUGAAUAUGUGGGAAAGGAAACCAUGGACUUGUUGAUCAGUGAGACUGGGAUAGAAGUUGAAAAGAAUCCUAAAGAAAGUGACCAUUCAACCAAUGAGGAUCAGCUGUAUGAGGAAAUCACAUUUGAUGGAUGCUUCUAUAUAUAUGGAGGUCCACAGCAGUUAGAGGAAUUGGAGGCACUAUCUAACCAUUAUGCCAUGUUAUAUAAUCGAAGAAAAGUGAAAUUACCUCCAGAGCAGAAAUCUAUAUAUGAGGGAAAGCUUAAACAAGUCCAGCAGAUUUUUAGUUUGAGUACUGAAAUGGAUGGAAGUGGUGCAGAAUCAGGAAAAGGAAAGAAAAUAGAGACUGGCACGGAAGGGGGUGAGGAUGAGAUGAAAAGUUUGCAUGAUUCAAGUGUCAGUAAAGCUGCUGAUAUGGCUGCAGGGUUCACAAGUGCAUUAGCAGGACUAGCCAUUAAUGAUAUCAUUCAAAGGACUACUGGAAGGCUAGAAUCUCUUCACACUGAGGGAGUUCAUAGGCUGUCUGAAAUGUGCUGCUUUGCUGCGUCUCAACUCCUGAUGUUGGGUAAAUCAAUCAAAUCUCAUGCCAGCAAAGCUCAAGAAGAAGAUGCUGACAAGGAUAUCGUGAAUGUUGACUGGCCAGAGGAUUCUGUUGAAAAGGCUAAGAUAAUCAGAAUAAAGGCACAAUCAAUGUCAGGAUAUGUGGAAGCCAUCUCUAGCAGCUUUAUCACAGGCAUAUCCGACGUGGCUGAAGCUUAUCAAGCUGCCAUCAAGGGAGCCACCGCCAAUUCACACGAAGUUCUUCCUCAGGCAUCCAUCCAGGAAAAAGCCAAUGCCUUCUCCGAACAUCUCCGUGGUGAUAAGACCGCCGCCAUUAGCAAAAUCGAGGAAGGACUCCAGUACUUGUCUUACGUGGUUCUCUCAACCUCAAUGCCAGCCGCUUGAAAACCCAGAAGAAUGUUUCCCUCAUUUUAGUUUCAUUUGUAAAUAAAUAGUUUCACUUUGGAUUUGGUUAAACCAUUUGGCAUUGAUGAAUGUGUUCCCACGAAAUGGAGGGCACCUCUGUUGCGUACCCUAUUGGAAACUUUGAGCAUAUAGGAGAGGAAAGGAAAUAUUUUUGGUUUCUCUUCUGUGCUUCUAGAAGCCAUGAAAUCAUGGUUAUAGAACCUUCGAAAGUUGGCCAACUAACUCCUGCCUUUGUCUUGUGUCCAAAUUCAAUGUACUAAAUUUCUUUGCUCAAUCAAAUAUCAAAGACCAUUUCAAUUUGGAUUAUAUGAGGUUGUGGGCCUUUUGGCCUUUAUUUGUCAACAACUU